AUGCGGCAGAUGCAAAAUCCUGGCCAACGUGAAGAGCCAAGCAAGAUUGGAAAAACCGACAGCCAAACAGCCCAUCGAUCAUCCAGUACCACCCCCACCCCCCCCUCCUCCUCCUCCUCCGCUAGAGAAUUCCUGUGGCAGCCGGGACAGCCGGGAGAGCGGACAGCAAACAGCAAACAGCGGACGGCGGACGGCGGACGGCGGACGGCGCGACUCAGCGAGAGAGUAAACAUCGCACAGCCAAGCAAAAGCCGGCCGAGCCCCCAAUCUGGGUUGCAGCCGUCCGCAAAACCGAUCAAAAACGCCAAGCAGCGGAUAUUGGAAUAUCGCCAAGCACUGCCAAGCACUGCCAAGCCCCAAGCCACGUCAAUCAUACACGCCAAGAGCCCGGAGCGGUAG